AUGCCCUCCAUUCUCUCCGACCAUGACAAGGAGACGGUCAAGAGAACCAUCCCAAAGUCGACCAACAAGAUUCAGGCAGUAGCUGUCGCCCGCCUCUACGUUGCUUACCCCGACCGCAACCGAUGGACGUACUCAGGCCUUCAGGGCGCGGCCGUCCUCUCAAACGACCUUGUUGGCAAUACCUUCUGGAUCAAGCUCGUUGACGUCUCGCCAGCGAACCGCGGAGUAAUAUGGGACCAGGAGAUCUACGACAGCUUCACCUACAAUCAAGACCGCACCUUCUUCCACUCCUUCGAGCUCGAGAGCCCACCAUGUCUGGCCGGACUCUCCUUUGUCGACGAGAAGGAAGCAAAGACCUUCAUGAAGAAGAUGAACGAUCGCGAGAAGAAUGCUACCAAGAACACCCAGAAACAGCCCUUCAGCAUGAACGCUGGCGGCGGAGCUAUGGGAAUGCAGAACGGAGGCAGCCACGGUACUCGCAGUCGCGUUGGUAACUUCUUGCGCGGGAACCGACACUCGUCGAAUCCUGCGCCGCCGCAAGCUGUUCCCGCUCCGCAGAUGAACCAAGUACAGCGACCACUGAGUAGCAGCGGCAUCAAUUUGGCCGAUCCGACCUGGCGGCCAAUCUUGAACGAGCUGGUACAGAUGGGUAUCACUGAGGACCAGAUUGAGAAUAACGCCGACUUUAUCAAGUCCUAUAUAAUGCAAAAGCAGGCUGAGGAGAUGGCUAGUGGUAUUGCGUCGGCCAUGCCACAUCAAAGUUCUGGGAGAGCCCCACCUCCGCCGCCACCUGGUCCGCCCAUGUCUAGGACCGAUACAGACUCGAGCAGUAAGAGAGGUCCGGCUCCUGCUCCACCGGCCUCCAGACGACCGCUUGCGGACCGCGGUCCUUCGCCCGAGCAGGAAGACACACCUCCGCGCACUCCCUCACCUGCCGGACCGCCGAAGCCGAAGUUCAGGGCACCCCCACCGCUUGCAGAUGCCGGCAAAUUUGCUGUUGCUCCUGCCCAGCCCGCAGCCAGAGAGGGAGGUCGAUCGCGAGCAACUUCCAACGCAAAUCCGGGUCCACCGCCACCUCCUCGAGCGGCAGCCGCGUCAGCAGAAGAGCGAUCACCUGGCUUCAGCGUACCACCACCUUUCACAGGUGAAAGAACUGCAGCUCCGCUUCCACCACGGCGAGGUGGCGUCCCUCCACCUCCACCACCCAGUCGUCAACCCAUCAGCCAGCAACCUCCCAAGCUUCCACCAAAAGUCCCAGAACGCGAUGUCUCUGCCCCAGUACCUCCACCACCUCCAUCACGGAAUUCGCAGGCGCCACCUCCUCUACCGCCAAGCAACACGCGACACGUUCCCCCUCCUCCAACGCCCAAUAAUGCGUAUAUCCCUCCACCUCCACCCCCGCCUCCGCCAAUCUCAUCGUCUGGAUAUGCUGCUCCUCCUCCACCACCACCAAUGCCAGACAUGGGCGGCCCACCUCCUCCUCCUCCGCCGAUGCCAUCUUCGUCCGGGCCUCCUCCACCACCUCCACCUCCAGGCGGCGCAGCUCCCCCACCCUUACCUUCUGGAGGGGGUGGCGGUCGCGACGACCUCCUCGCCGCAAUUCGCGGCGGUGGUGGCGCAAAAGGUGGCGGCCUGCGGAAAGUCAAGGACAGUGAGAAAAAAGAUCGUUCUGCGGCAGCGGUUCCGGGUGCGGAGCCGGCGAAUCCGUCGACGGGGGUGGAUGCGGCGAGUCCGGGUGGUGCGGGAGGUGAUGGGGGAGGAGGACUAGCGGGUGCGUUGGCGGCGGCGUUGAGCCAGCGGAAGAAGAAGGUCAGCGGUAGUGAUGAUGAGAAGGACGAUGACGAUGAUUGGUAA